AUGGAAAACCACAUCAAACGCCAGUGCUCAUCCUUAAUGCCUUUUAAUUGUGGGAAAGCCAAUAUUGAAAUUUAUUACUGCCGAGACUGUAAAUUCGAAAGCGAGCUAAGACUCCUCUUGAAGACACACAUUGAAAAAUAUCAUGUUAAAGCCGAACCCCAGGAGGACUACACCAUCCAAACGUACUUUUGCAAAAGGUGUAACUUCGAGACACACUUUUCCAUGAAGUGGCUUCAACACAUAAAUAAAUGUAUGGGAAAAAUCGGACACAUAACCAUUUAUGAAUGUAAAGAGUGCCCAUUUAAAGCUAAGUACCGAUCUACGUUGCAACGUCACGUAUUAAUACACCACUUAGAUGAACAAAGCAUCACCUGGCAUGAGUGUAAAGAGUGCCAGUAUAAAACUAAAUACAAACUACAUUUAAGCCGACACAUAACUUCCCAGCACUCGGAUGAACAAAGCAUUAAAUGGUACCAGUGCCAGAAUUGCUCAUUCAGAACUAAAUACGAACAGUCGUACUACAGACACCGAAGUGUGUUCCAUUUAGCCGACCACCAUAUUAAAUGGUACGAGUGCAAACAGUGCCCCUUUAAAGCACGACACAAAGUCAACCUAAAAACUCACGUAAACGCGCACCAUUCAAACGAACAGGAUAUUAAAUGGUACGAGUGUAAACAGUGCCCUUUUAAAACUAAACUAAGUGCCACUUUAAAAUACCACAUACUCUCGCAGCAUUUGGACGAACGGGACAUUAAAUGGUACGAGUGUAAAGAGUGCCCAUACAGAGCUAAACAAAAAGCAGCUUUAAAGAAUCACGUAGUUGCACGACACUUGAACGAGCAGGAUAUUAAAUGGUAUGAAUGUGAAAAGUGCCCGUUCAGGGCUAAACAGAAAGGGAAUUUAAAGCAGCACGUGAAUGCGCACCAUUUGGAUAAAGAGGAGAUUAAGUGGUACGAGUGCAACAAGUGUCCUUACAAAGCCAAAUUAAAAAGGACGUUGAAAAGUCACGUGGAUGCGUGCCAUUUGGACGAGCGAGAUAUAAAGUGGUACGAAUGUACAAUGUGCCCUUUUAAAAGUAAACGGAAUUUUAAUUUGAAAAGUCACAUAAAUACGCACCACUUGGACGAAAACGAGAUUACGUGGUAUGAGUGUGAAAAGUGUUUAUACAAAACUAAACAUCGGUAUAAUUUGAAGUCGCAUAAGUGUGGAGUGGUGAAGUGA